CAGUGAUGACCCAGUGAACAUUUAUUUCUGACAUUAACAUGGGAACUGUGCCAUUAACACGCUGAGAUAAGACAGAGUCCCCACACACUGUGUCAACAUUAGCUUGUACAUUUACAGCGAGUUAUGUCACAUCCUGGUCUGACCUUCGCUGUCUCUUUGGCCCUAGUACUACCCCUAGCGUCUGCCGGACAAGUUCAGAAGAUCGAAUGGAACGUGGUAAAGUUGGGCGGCAAGGAUAGAGCAAACGUCAACGUGCUGGUGGCCCUGGACACUCUGAGGGAAGGCAAGGUCGUGGGCCUGCCCACGGAUACAGUGUACGGCUUCGUGGCCGACGCUACCCGCCCUAGGCCCAUCCAGAGGCUCUACAACAUCUCAGGAUGGCAGUACUUUCAUCAACCUAUAACCAUCGCUUUGGAUGAGCUUCAGCAAGUGUCCAUGUAUGCAGACAUCGACCACUUGGACCGCAGCAUGCUGAGUCAGCUGCUGCCCGGCAGAGUCACUGUGGUGCUGAGACGGCGGAGCGGAGUACUGCCCCAUCUCAACCCGUCCACAGAUCUUAUCCCCAUCCGCGUUCCGGGCAAGAAGGAAAAGAUCUUCAUCAGGAAGCUGACCCACCAGUUGGAGAGGCCCCUGGCUCUAGUGGGGGCCAGGAAGGUGGGCCGUCCUCAUAGUAUCUGCAUAGACGACUUCGAGGACAUCAGGCUGAGAGCGUACGUGGUGUACGACGGUGGCAAAAUGGAGAGGAAGAAGAUGUAGGGGACGACUGUGGUGGAUCUGACCACAUCUGGGAGGUACAAGAUCCUCUGGCCGGGAUGUGUGUUUAGUGCCGUUGUCAGCAUCAUGGAGAGGUAUGGCCUGGAGGAGUGGACUGACGGGCCCAACAUUACAGUGUUCAACCCGACAUAGUCCCUCUCAAUCAUGAAAACAGAAAGAGAGAAGUUUGUAAGCUUAACAAAUUAUCUGUUUCGUAAAAGUGAGAACAGAUGUCUGAGCGAGUAUAGGGCUUUAUGAUCUAAACUUACUGAGUUCUUGGGUUUAGGUUAAAAAAUGUAAUGACUCAAUGUUCCGGUUCUUUUUUAUAUUUAUAUAAUCGUAUUUAUAAAACAUUAAAGCCCAAAAUAUAACUCAUUAAUAUUAAUCAAAACACCUUUAGAAGUACUUAACGAAUUUAUAAGACUUUUUGUGCGCAGUUUCGUUAAUUGUGACAAAAAAUAGCCUAAAGUUUUGCAACAUAACUAUUAAAAUCCUCACAACCGUUUGGAAAAGAGUUUUUUUAAUGCAUUAAAUUUUUUAUAACUAAAUACACGUUAUUAUAUAGCAAUAUGUAAGGAAGGUUGCGCUGAGUAUAUUGGUAUGUGUCUCUGUAUCUUUUUUUAAUUUACAGUAUUACAGAUCCGCAAAAUAUUAUAAAUUUUCCAUAACAUUACAAUCACUCAUCUGACAUACGUUUCUUAUUAUACGUUAUUUUCAAGAAGAGUAUUUAACCUUUAAUUCUUGGAAUUUGUACCAUUACAUUUCGCGACUUUGUAGCUUCAUAACAAUAAUCUGGUUUGUGAUGAUAUUGUACUCGAAUUAUGGCUAUUCUCUGUAGAUUUUGUGUGUUUUGAGAUUACAUAACAAACUAUAAAAGUAGCAAAAUACCUUAAUUAUAAGGUAACGUCUAUUAAGACGUUUUUAUUGGUUUUAGUGAUUUGUUAACAUUUGAGAUAUUGCAUUUUGUAUCAAAUAAAAGUUUAUUAUAGUACGAAGUAAUACCACAAAUCUAACUGUUGACGUUAUACAUAUGUUUAUAGACAUACAUACUAUACAUUCAUGGACAUAUAUACAAAAUAUUCACAUGCGUAGCUUAUGUAUGUGUAUAUAACUAGUAUUUUGUAUCAUUUAAAAUGUUCACAGCUUCUUAUAAUACGUAAAAAUCUCGUUAAUUCAUUUUUCAUUUGUUACUGUACAAACCCUUUUAUUUUUGUUUACAUUUAUUUUCUUGCACACAAUUAAUAAUUAAUAUCAUAUUUGAUAGUCAGUAAGGAAAUUACAACGAAAACUUAUUAGAUUAAACCUAUUUAUUCAAUCUACUAAAAAUAAUAUUCAACAAAACCAAUGAUAAUUGUUAUUGUUAACUGAAUGAAAUAAUAUGUUAUUUUACUUUAAUUUUUAUUAUAACAAUUACGAUUUUUUCUUAAAACUUGUGCUUGUUUGUAUAUUUAUAAUUAUUAAGAAAAUAAUAGAUUUUAAAUUUGAACUAUACAAACAAUAAUUGUAUAACUUUUUCAUCAUUUUCAGAAACUCCCGUUUUUACAAUUGUGUACGUUUUUACAUAAUAUUUGUGUAGGUUAUGUAAGUUUCCUUAUUUUACCCGGUAAAGUUAGGACUAUGAAAACAAAACAAAAGUACUUGAAAUUUAUUGGGAUAUUGAGUUAAUCGUUGGGGGUAAACAUGAUCGUGCAAGUAAAUAUCAUUAAAACAUCAUUUUAAUCCGUUUAUGAUAAUAUAAAAUUGUAACUUGCACAAUUUCUUUUGUCUUGAAUGGUUUUUUCGAUAUCUAGUAUCAUGUAUAUGAGAUAUUAAACUAGAGAUAUAUAUUAAUACUUCUAAGCCAGAAAGACUAUUUUAUCACAAUAUUGAUUUUAUGUUAUACAUAAAACUACUGUCGCAUUUCCUUCAUCCAUUGGUUGACUUAUUCUAGUUCCAUUUUCUUUUAAAGCACAAUUGUAUAUCCUCACCAUGUAGAUGUUUGAUUGGUCAGAAUAAUCGAUCAUAGGAAUAAUCUAAAAAUAAUAUAGAAAUAAAAAGUUAUAAAAAUAAAUUAUAAACAUAUUUUGGAUAUUUGUAUCGAGUGCACGUGUUUAUGAUUGAAUUUACCAAUUCAUAUUAAUAUAAAUAUUAUAUUAUAAUUCACUCUGUAAAUUGAAGAUUUCAUUGUAUAGCAACUACGUAGUUAUUUGGUUUAUAUACAAAUGUGUAAUUUAUGAUAAACAACAAUGAAAGCAGUGAAACGGUUGAGUAAACCUGGAAUAUGGUAAUUGGGGAUAUAACGGAUUUACCGUUUAACAAUGUAAAUCAAGCUCAACCAGACUGCAAUUAACAUGAUUACAUUGAUCAUACAAAUUUCUAAUAAAAGUUUUGUAAUUUUCUUCUUUUA